AUCCAGCCCUGCUCGACUACGAAGCAGGAAGCCUUAGCACCCUUUUGGGGGGAGUCCACUCUAGACCCAUAUCCCCGAAGCGACCAGCACUCUCUCUUAGCAGAGGACGAAAGAGAAGCUCAUCCUUUGGCACAACAAAAAUGCUUAUCCCAUUAGCCCAAAAUGGAGGACCUUAAUAUCAGUUUUAAAGUUUCUUUCUUGUUGUCUGCUGCUCUCACUGCAUAUUCUUGACAAGGAUUUUGAAAGGGGAGAAAUGGAAGCAGAUCCUUUGAGAAAUAAAGACUGUGUGUCUCAGAGAGUUGCUGAAGAUUCACCAGGGUGGGCUUUGCCCCCUCUUAGGAAAACUGACCACCAGGUGGGAUCUUCUUUAGGUCUGGGCAGGGCAAAUAGCAUGAAUGAAUCCUUCUGUGAACAACCUAUAUCCUUGCACACUUCUUCAAAUGGUAUGCUGGGAGGAGACAUUGCUUUACCAGGUGACACGGUCCAUGCACAAACCUUUCAGGAAACAAAGUCACUCCAUUACUUGGCUAGCCCUAGUCUUCUUCCCCACGUACUGCAACCAAACCACACUGAAAUAUUUCCUGCCUGUCCAAAUCAUGAAUAUUUGGGAAUUCCAUAUGUUUCUACUACUGAUUCUCCUUUGAAAUCUCAGGAAGCCAUAUUCUGUCAAAACAGGGAACAGAAUCCAGGACAACAGGAACAGCUAAUGAUACAUCAGAUGGAGCACCUGCAGAGGCUGGUAACUGAACAGCAGAAAAUUAUUGCAUUUUAUAACCCAGGCUUUUCAGUCUCCCCAUGUAAUUCUACACAUUUGUUUGCUACGAUGCCGUCCCUUCCAAGAAUCCCCACUGCUUUAUUUCCUGCCCAGCUCCCUUUGGAGAACGUUUUACCAGUUCAGGAUAGUGGAUGCUCACCAGUCACCCCCUUACUCAUGAAGCACACAUUACAGCCAUGUGCCACAGGCACCUCAGCAAAUGGCAGCUGUUCAGAAGCAUUAAGUGAACACCCUGAAUCCCAGGCAUCAGAGGCUUGCCUUGGAACUUUACCAAAUAUCAAAGAAGAGAAGGGAGAACAAGAAAUUGAUGAACACACACCCCUUUCUCACUUUGGAAUACGGAUAAACACAAGGACUACAAAUGUGGAUGACAGACAUAUCGGACCUGGAAUUGGUGCAAGGCAGAUAACAUUUGAAGAUCUUACUAAGGAGCAACUUAAAGUACAUUCUCAAAGAACAGAGAAGCAACAGGAGAACUGUGAGACUGAAGUGGCUGCUCGGAAGUCAUUCCCGAAAAGUGAGGAAAACACAACAAGGCUCGAAAAAGAUAAGGAGAACACUGGCAAACAGCAAACCAACCUUCUCAGAAGAGUCAGCUUUGAUUGCCAAAAUCACUGUGCACAGUCUGCCCACUGUGACACUGCAAAAUUGUUGGGAAAACACCUACAGCUAAAAAGACAGAGCAGUAGUCCUAGAACGUUGUUCAUGGAUGACAAAACUACAAAUUGUAUUACCUCCAAGGAAAUAAAAUGUCAUCUUAAUAGUCUGGAACAAAGAUCAGAAGAAAUCAAAGAAAGCAGUAACACCAGUGAUCAUGAUGGUGAAGAAACGGUAACCAAAAAAGAAUCUGAUGUAUGUUUUCAGAUUAACUGCACUGAAUGUCAUGAACAAACAAAUAAAAUCAGGGCAAAAGUGACUGAUGAAACUGACAUACCAUCUCCUGCUUUCCAAGACCAUUCAGAAGGAGAUAACAAUAGAUCCAUAGACACUAACAUUUCAGUGUGGCAUAAGGAGAAUUUGGAGGUUGGUGCAUUACAGGUAACAGGUUGGUCCACAGAUGCUUCAGUGAGUAUCUUUGACACUCAGAACUUCAAAGAAAAUCAAACAAAUCCAGAAAAUCAGAAUUCCAGGCUCCAGAUUACUCAAGUCGUGAAUGACCAAAGAUUGGAGGUCAAAGUGGAAAGUAGUCCUGAGUUUAAGAAGGUCAACGAUCAAGUAGUAAAAGUUGUAGCUAGGUCAAAUAGAAAACAGGCAGCCAUGAUAGCUGAUUUACGGAGGAAGCAAUACCACAGUGCAAAUAUUUCUGGCAGAUGGAGAAGAAGACCCCCUUCAAGUGAUUCAGUCUUCACAUCUACUGAUAGUGAAGAUGAAAACAAGUUUCAUUGCUUUCAGUGCCCUGUAAGGUCCAACACUCACAAAGCAACUAACACAGAUCAAAACUUGGAUCUUUCUGAUGCUGACUAUGCUAAUGAUGAGCCCAGUGGCCCUGAAGAUGGAAAAUACCCUGCCAAAAAGUUUGUCCAGGAGCUAGCAAGUCAACAGGAAGCCUCUCUCAUUACAAGCAGCAGCAACGAAUCUAGUGCUGAAAUUGACAGCUUGAAAGAUACAAUGACUCACUAUCCUCUUAAGAAGACUCCUUUCCAUCCAUCAAAAACUGCAGAGGAUGGAAGAGAACCUGAGACAUGGAGAGAAAGCAAUGCCAGCACCAGUACAGAAUGCAGUUUGCAGCCUCUUUCUUUGGCAAGGGACCUUGUGGCCAGCCUCUUCCCGGUUUUCAAGACUAAAGCAGGUAUAGGAGAUGAGAAAGCUGCACUAGAGAAGGUUAAAAAAAGGCCCACUGACAAGUUGGAGGAAUGGGAAACAGAUGUUGAAGUACAGCACCAAGAAACCUCUCUGCUAACUCAGAUGAAGGAAGAACAAACAAAAGCAAUGGCUUUUCUCAGAAAUCAAAUAAAUCAGCUAGAGGCCUUGCAGCCUCAAGUGUUGCAUCAUCUAGAAGAAGGCAAGAGUGAGGAGGUAGUGGAACUGCAAAAAGAAAAUGAAGGGUUUAAGAAACACAUAGUGAAAGAGGAGGAAGAAUCAGCAGAAAUAAAAAUGCUAAGGCAGCAAAUAUCAGGGCUACAGGAGGAGAUUAGGAGAAAUGAGUCUUGCUGGCAUGCUGCCCAUGAUGAGCUGAGAAGUCAGGUGGAAGCCCUGUUCAAGCAGAACCUGAAACUUCAAGAUGAGCUCAGAGUUUCUGAGCAUCAGAGGAUGGAGGCCAAAAGAAGUCAAGGAUCUAUGGAUUUUAUUGAAAGAGGAGCUGAAGUGCCGGUUUUGAAAGCUGUUUUGGGAGGGGCAUCACCCCACAAUACACUGGAAGAGAGACCAUCACGAGGUAACCAUAGGAGUUGCAUCAGUAUGCACGCAAGAAGUUCACCGGAAAGGACUGAGUCAUUGAAAUCUGCAUCAGGAGCACACAGAGAGAAGAGCCCACCUAAAACUCUAUGUAAUCGAAAUGUGACACUUACAGGUCGGAGAACAUCUCAUCAACCACCCUUUGAAAAUUCCUCACCAAAGUCAAUACUAUCUAAAAGAGCACAGCUAUACAUGGAAAGUAAGAAGGAUGAGGAUGUGAAAGAAAAAAUAGAAUAUCCAGAUGGAAAGACAGAACAGCUGUUUGUUGAUGGACGCAGAGUUGUGACUUUCCGCAAUGGCACAAAAAAGGAGAUUAGUGCUGAUAAAAGGACCACUGUUCUUACUUUUUUCAAUGGAGACAUUAAGAAGAUCCUGCCAGAUCAGAGAGUGAUUUACUAUUAUGCAGAUGCCCAGACAACCCACAUCACCUAUCCAAAUGGCAUUGAGGUACUACAGUUUCCUAAUCAUCAGAUUGAAAAACACUAUCCAGAUGGUACUAAGGAAAUUGUGUUUCCUGACAAGACUAUUAAACGACUAUAUGAUGGAGGUCUUGAAGAAACUAUUUUUCCUGAUGGAACAUUUGUCAAAGUAGAAAAGAAUGGAGCUAAAACCAUCUUGUUCAGUAAUGGACAAAAGGAUAUUCAAACUGCAGAGUUUAAGAGACGGGAGUACCCUGAUGGCACUAUAAAGACAGUGUAUGCUAAUGGCCAUCAGGAAACCAAGUCUUCUUCUGGACAGGUUCAAUUCAAAGAUGAGAAGGGGAGACUCAUCUUUGAUCAAAAGUAACCUGUUUCAUCUUCUGGGAGUUGUUCUUUGUUCAUGUGCAUACAUCAUUUAAAGCAGUUUGUAUCUGAGAUGUACUGUUGUCAUUAUACUGUAGAGUUAGUUUUCUUUCUCUGAUUUUCUGUUUCCCCUGCAACAAAAUGGUGACUCAGAUGUUUGCUAUGAGAAGAAAUACAGAAAAAUGACUAUACUAUUUUCUGUUUACUCUGUGAAAAAGAAAUGGACUGAAAAGGUUGAUAUAGAAAAUCAAGAAAACCAAUUCACAUUGUAAUAUUUUUUCUGAAGUCUCGGAGUUCUGUUUGGAGGUGGGUAUCCAAACCCUUUCAGCAAGGAGUGCAUUAACUCAGUGCACAUAUAUUAUUUCUAGCAACAGAAGGGAAUUUUAUUUCUUUAGAUGUAUUAAUUGACUUUGUGAAAGACUGGUUAAGCAUAUCAACUGAUUAUCAAUUCAGUAUUUAUAACAGUUUACUUUUGUAAUACUCAUAACAACAUGAACUCAAAAUAUGAACUCUCACACAUAUUCAGAAGGGAAUUGUUUCAUCUGAAUGUACCUUCACUUCAAAUUGGUUCUUUUGACCCAUUUUAAUUUUUUUAAACCAGUCCAUUUUCAAAUGCUCACUUGCUAGUGGGCAGCCUUGUCCAGUCAGCUUCCUUGUGACUUAGUCUCUCAGUUUCUGCUCUGAGUUCCAGUUCUUGACUGCCCCUGUCCAGGGUGUCUCUUACUCCUAACAAACUCCCCACCUGACCUGUUCCAAGCUCUUACUUACUGUCCAGCAUUUACCUGUCUCCAUAGCAACCAGAGCCCCUUAGCAGUUUAUGUCAUCCUCCUUUGGCCACUCAUUAUAUAAAAUUUACCACAUCUUAUUCUUUGUGUCAUUUCUUGGAUGGUUGAUCUAAAGCUGCUACUAGGUCUGCCAUUCAUUGACAUUAUACAAUCUCUGCCACUGCUUUAAGAGUUGAAUGUAAACCUGUGGCAAGGUUUGUUUUACCUAGACAUUCUUUUUUGUUGACACUGGAUGAGGAAAUUCAUACUUUGUUUUGUUCAAAUCUUACUAUAUAAUUGAGCAGCAUGUUCCCAACAACAAAGCAGAAAAAGCGAAAGUCUCUUGGAGAUGUAGUUCAGAGAAUGCCAUUUCUCAUGUACAGAGAGACUGAUAGGACUACAACUUCCAGAAUCCUCCUCACUCACUUUUUAAAGUUCUGGGGUCCUCACAGGGCUGUCCUAUUCCUUGCCUGAGCCAAUAUGUAGUAGAGGUCCUCGCACAGCUGUUCAACUGCUUGCCUGAGCAAACUCUCAAAUAAGUCAGCAGUUAGCCUGGUGCCAGCACACAGGACUGAACAGGCCACUCUGCCCCAGGCUGUUUGGGAAAGAGGGGCAGGGCUCUGGCUGAGGCAGUGUGAGCAGGGCUGUGGGGGAGAGGCCUCACCAUGCCCACCCAGAACACUCCAGGCAAGCUGCCAUGAAUUGGGUUGAGGAUGAAGAGAGAAAAAGAGAGUUGGAGUAUGGAGAAGGAGAAUGAGUGCUGGGGAGAGGCAGCAAGAGAGAGCAAGAGAGCUAGGGUAGGUGGCCAGAAAGAGAAGAAAAGCUGGGGUAGGGUGACAGAAACAUAGAAAAUAGGGAGUUGGGGUAGGAAGAGAGAGGUGGAAUAAGUGGGCAGAUAGAGUUGAGGUAGUGGGGGCAGAAAGUUAAAAGUAUAUGGGGUAGUGGGACAGAAACAGAGAGCUAGGAUAGGAGGAGAGAAAGAGCAGGACAAAAAUAGUGAAAAUUAAGAGAAGGGGUGGCAAGAGUGAGAAGCAGAGAAGGGGAAAACAAAAAAUUGGGUAAUAUCUCAAGUCCCCACUUGGGGGUUCCCACUUGCUAGAGGCCAUUGUGUUUUUUUCAUGCAAUGGGCUCCCCAUUUUCACAGCCACCCUCUUGUCUCCCUCUCCCUUGCAAAAUCAAGAUUCAGCUUUGCAAACAGGUGUGUGUGUGCCUUUGGAGAUGUGGAGGACUCUCCCCACCUUCACAGGCACCCUGCUGACUCCUCCCACCCUUUGAAAAGCUGGGAUCCAGUUUUGCAAAUGG